UUAUUAGUUGUACAAAUUAAAUUUGCUCUUUCAAAUAUGAUUUUGAAAGAAGUAUGAUUUUGUCGUAUUUAGCAAACUUCUUUUUGUUGUUGACCUCAUUUUUAAAAGUUAAUUGUAACUACGUCUCUCCUCUAGUUAAUACAGUUGCUCAAAACAAAAGUUUAGCAAUCACGCAAACGCCAUAUUAUGAAGAAAAUACUCAGGGUUAUGCUCAGCAGCAAACAAACUAUAAUGGCGGAUUAAUUUCUUAUGAAGGAAAUUGGGUCCCAUCAAAUCAAAUUACUUUUCCUAAUGCUAUUCAAGCAUUAGCUCCGCCAAAUAAUUAUUUGUAUUUUCCAGCAUUUUCUGCAAACUUAAACAUUCACAAUCGUGUAAACCGUUUUUCAGCUGAUAAUUACCAACUUACCAAAAACCCAAAAUGGUAUCCCCCUAAACCUUAUUAUUUUAAUGACAAACUAUGUCAGGAGCGUAAACAUCGUAUGGACUGGCUAAGCAUGCUUGAACCAUGCAAAUCUAAAAUGGAUUUUGGUAUGCAUAUAUAUUCGUAUUUAAAAACUGAAGUUAAUUAUAGUUAUAUUAGUGAUUUACAUCUGCGAAAUACUGGAGAUUAUAGUAGUUUUCGAAUAAAAACUUACGAUACAACUCGCAAACCAAAAACUAUUGGUGGUGAUACUUGGAGAGUUUUUAUUAGAGGUCCAGUUUACAUUGAACCAUAUGUAUACGAUCUAAAUAAUGGGGAAUACGAAGUACUUUUUUUUACAUUAGAUGCCGGAAUGUAUCAAAUAGAGGUUAUUUUAGAAGGCAGUUUAUGUUCGUCAUAUGUAAAUCCACCAUACGAUUGGUUUAAAAAAGGUGAUUUCAACGGACAUUUUCAAAACGAAUACAUGUUUAAAGAAUAUAAACAUUUUCCAUUUCUUUUAACUUACAGAACUUGGAAUGCGUUGUCAAAUUUUAGUGUAUACGUGCAUGAAGGGUCAAAGUCGAGAAUCACAAAGAACUUAAUCAAAAUGCAAAACUGGCAAUUAUUAUGUAAUGUAAAAUGUAACUUUUUAACUGAUGGGUUUGGUAGAUGGAAAAAUAAAACGUGGCUUCCUUACGUCCAAAGUAAGACACACACUAGUAUCCAAUCUUCAAAUAAACUGGGAACCUAUGUAAAUAGGUUAUCAACUCGGCAUAAACUGAGACGAAAACAAGGACUGUUAUGGAUUUACGGUGAUUGCUAUGCUUACAACUUUUACCAAAGCGUUUGGAAUACAUCUUUGUGUACGCAGCAAUUUAAAGAGUGUAAUAGAACAUAUAAUUGGAUUUAUCCUCGAUGGAACCCUGAUAAUAAAAAAGACAAAUCAAUACACUUGAAACACGAUUAUUUUAUUAACUUACCUUGGUUAGUGAAAUACUUUGCAAAGUUACUUAAUAAAGAUAAACUAAAAAGGAGUGACAGCGGGAUGCUUUUAAAUGUAGGUUUGCAUUAUAUUCGUUCAACGUCUUUUGACAUUUACAAACAGCUUAUAGAUGGUUACAUUAAAGCAAUUAAAAGUCACCCGACUGACGUUGUAUGGCGGACGACAACUGCAAUUUACAGAGCGGAAAAAUAUACUCACAAAAGAUUUCAAACCAAUCAGCGUGCACUACUUUUCAAUGCUUACUCAAUGUCAGCUAUGUGCCGUGCAGGAAUAGCCGUAGUUGACGUGUUUCCAUUGACAUCAGCAAUAGAAGUAAAACCUACUGAUGGAAUUCAUUAUGACGUUACAGUCUUUACUUCGUUGACAAAAAUUCUGCAAGAAUAUUAUAAAUAUAUAUAGAAAAAAAUAUUGACUAAAUAUGCAAGCUGAUUAUUACGAAAAACAGCCUCU